ACAGACUUCAGAACAAGACGUGGGCCCGGCCGGCCUCCGUUGGCCGCGCGAGCCAGGGCGGUGGGAAGGAGUCCAGAGGGGGCUCACUGGGUUCCCAGCCAGGCCCGACUUAGAUCUGGGAGUGGCGCGCGCCAUCUCAACGGGAUGUGCAGAUGGAGGCCGGAGGAGACACUGCUGCCCCAGCCCCCGGGGACGCGGAGGACGUGGAGGAUACGCGGUUCCCCAGUGAGGAGGCUGGAGACGGUGGAAGUGUUCACGAGGGCCCGCCGGAUCCUGAAGACGAGGGCCUGGAGGAUACAGGAUUGGAGACCAAAGACCAGCCACCCAGCCUGCUGUCACCACUGCCGCAGUCAGAGGCCCCAUCAUGCACCUGUGGGCUCUGGGGUCCUGCAGCCUCUGAGAAUAGUCCCAUGGGUGGCCCUGAGAGUGGCUCUGGGGGCCAGGGCGGGGACCCCAGUGACGAGGACUGGCGCAGCAAGCGGAAGCACGUGUUUGUGCUGAGCGAGGCAGGCAAGCCCAUCUACUCGAGGUACGGGAGUGUGGAGGCACUGUCAACUACCAUGGGUGUGAUGACAGCCCUCGUGUCCUUCGUGCAGAGUGCAGGAGACGCCAUCCGCGCCAUAUAUGCUGAGGACCACAAGCUGGUGUUCCUACAGCAGGGCCCCCUGCUGCUGGUGGCCGUGUCAAGGACUCCUCAGUCAGCAUCCCAGCUGCGGGGGGAGUUGCUAGCUGUGCACGCACAGAUCGUGAGCACACUGACGCGCGCAAGCGUGGCCCGCAUCUUCGCACGCAAGCAGAACUAUGACCUCCGCCGCCUCCUGGCCGGCUCGGAGCGCACGCUAGACCGGCUUCUGGACAGUGUGGAGCGGGACCCAGGUGCCCUGCUCCUGGGCGCCGUGCGCUGUGUGCCCCUCGCUCGCCCGCUGCGGGAAGCGCUGGGUGCGCUGCUACGACGGUGCACAGCACCCGGCCUGGCACUGUCAGUGCUGGCGGUUGGCGGUCGACUGGUGACAGCAGCCCAGGAGCGGACUGUGCUGGCCGAGUGCCGGCUGGACCCAGCUGACCUGCAGUUGCUGCUCGACUGGGUGGGCGCCCCGGCCUUUGCAGCAGGAGAAGCUUGGGCACCUGUGUGCCUGCCCCGCUUCAACCCCGAUGGUUUCUUCUACGCCUAUGUGGCCCGCCUGAAUGCCAUGCCUGUCUGCCUGCUGCUGCUUGGCACCGACCCUGAGGCCUUCCAUGACAUGGCCACCUGCCGGCGCCUGGUUGAAGACGGCAUGCACACCCUCGGUGCCAUGCGUGCCCUUCGGGAGGCUGCCGGCUUCUCUAAUGCCCCCUCAGCCAAUGCCCCUGCCUACAGUGUGCAGGCUGUGGGGGCACCCGGCCUCCGGCACUUCCUCUAUAAGCCGCUCGACAUCCCUGACCAUCACCGCCAGCUGCCCCAGUUUACCAGCCCUGAGCUAGAGGCCCCGUACAGCAGGGAGGAGGAGCGGCAGCGCCUGUCGGACCUGUACCACCGCCUGCACGCGCGUCUCCACAGCACUUCCCGGCCCCUGCGCCUCAUUUAUCACGUGGCUGAGAAGGAGACGCUGCUGGCCUGGGUGACCUCCAAAUUUGAGCUCUAUACCUGCCUCAGCCCCCUGGUGACCAAGGCAGGUGCCAUCUUGGUAGUGACCAAACUCCUGCGCUGGGUGAAGAAAGAAGAGGAUCGACUCUUCAUUCGUUACCCACCCAAGUACUCCACACCCCCAGCAGCCCCAGCUGCCUCCACGGACCACGCUUCCCAUAAUGGCUUGUUCACUGGACCUUGAGAGGCAGAGCUCCCAGAUUGGGAGGGACCACCUUUGGCUUUUACCUUCUGUCUCCACCCUAGAAAUGGGGCAGGGGUGGGAGGCUGGUGGUGUCUGUGGCUGGUGCCUGUCUCCCUGGACAAAGGGGCAAGAUCUGAGGGCCUGCCCACAAAUGAGAGAUGGGUGGCAACAUGAUCGCACACAGGUGAGCAGGCUGCUUCCCCAGCCCCCUCAUGCAGCUCCACCUCUGGGGAAAUCCUUAGGCCUCCCCCUUCCCCUCCCUCUGCCUCACCUUCUCCACUUGGAUGAUGUUCAAGCCUCUGCCAGGGGUUGCCUCCUCCAGUCCUGGGCACCACACCUGCCCUGCAUGGGGAGUCUGCCUCCUCGAUGGGAUCUCAGCCCUGAGUGUCCAGAACUGGCCAAGGUCUCUCUGGGGGCCCACAGGGAUUCUGGAAUUGGGAAUGCAGGGCCAUCCUGUGCCUGGAACUGGCCUGAGGAUAUUUUAAAGAAAAACUUUACACGAAAGGUCUAAAACCAAUCCCCACAGGGACACUCCUUUGCCCUUCAUGUACUUCAUCUUUAUUUUGUCAAAAAUACCCCCAUCAAUGUUGGCUGCUGCUAAUAUUAAUGAGAAGGUGACCUCCAGGGUCUACCUGCUGUGUAACCCAGGGCAAAGCCCCUGACCUCACACGGUGGCUAAGAUCCAGAAUUUUUACACAGGAGGUGCACUUGGCUUCUAGGCUCAUCGUACUCAUCCGUGAAAUGGAGAUGACCUCUCAUAGGCUGUUCAGUGAGGAUUUGUGAAUGAAAAGGGACUCAAACUCUUGUUUACCACCGCAGAGCACGUGCACAUUUGUCCCAGCCCUGCACAGCCUGCACAACACAGGCAACCUGGAGAGGGAAAGACCUCUCUAGAGUAUGUGUGGAUUCGCACAACACCCACUCUCCAACCGACCGAGACCAGUAAUUCUGGCCUCGUUUUGUCUCGUGGUGUACGCAUGCGCACUGUCGCUCAAGGGCUCGGGGCGCUCCGCCUGCCGGGACCUGAGACCCCGUUGCUCCUCCUCCUGGUCAACUGAUGGGUAAACGCGCACUGCACGCAUGCGCGCUGCAGGGCCUUUCACCCUCGAGUGUUUUUUUUUAAACCAAUC